AUGACGACAAAUAAAACAAUAAAAUGGCUUGAUAUUAUUGAUGACGUCGCAGCUGGAUAUAAUUCAACGCCUCAUCGUUCAAUUGGAAUGGCCCCUGAGCGUGUAACCUACGAAGAUACCGAAAAAAUCUUUAAAAAGCUCUAUCCUGACAUUGAUCUUGUAGUCGAGCCAAAACUCAAGAAAGGAAACAUUGUUCGAAUUUUGAGAAAAAAGAGUCUUUUUGACAAGGGAUACAAGCAGAACUGGUCGACGGACGUCUACAAAAUCAAGUCCCAUAAGCAAAAGGCGGGAGUUGUUUGGUAUAAACUCGUCAGCUUAGGUGGCAAAGAAGUCUCCGGCUCACAUUACUUAUAUGAGCUUCGUAAAAUCGCCGACGAUUUUGAAUCUUACAACAGCAAAAAAUUUUGA